GGUAGCGUCCAGGUCAUGUUCUUGUAACAUAGCCCCGGGCCGGGUGUGAUGACAUGCGAACUCAGGAAUGGAGGUACAGAUCACACAAGCGUGUAUCCUUUACUGUGCUCCCUAGGCAUUGAGCCAGAGAUUAGUAGCUCCAACUGUCGUAUAAUCUUGAAAUUCUGCAAAUAUGGUCGCCGGAAAAUCUCUGGAGCCUCUUCCUCCAGGAUGGGUCGAGCACGAGAAAGUAAAAAACGGUCGGACGACCAAGUACUACACAAAUGCAGAAAGUGGGAAAAAAUUCUAUUCCAAGAAGGCUGUCCUAGAAUACACAAAGGCAAGAGAUGUUUUCCAUGGGCAGAAUCAAGGAAUCAAUAAUCACAGUGAGAGUGAAAACCAAGGAACUGGUAAUGGAGAUGGUCAAAAUCAAGGAAUCAGUAAUGGUGACGGUAGUCGAGCAAUCUACAAUGAUGAUGGUCAACAUCAAGAAAUCAAUGAGCAUGGAAAUACAACACCAAGUUUGAAGGUUACACAAAAAACGGAUAAGUCUCUUGAGGUGCCCCCUGGAUGGACUGUUGAAUUGAAAACUAGAAUGGGUGGCUUCCGCAAUGGUGAAACUUACAAGUGUUAUGUUAGUCCAUCAGGAAAAAAGCUUUAUUCCAAAGCUAAAGUCUCUCAGUAUCUCACCAGUGCUGGAAACAACAACCUCAUUGAACUCGGGGAAAAAGAUAACGUAGAUGAAUCAUCUUCCAACCCGGAAGUGUCUCAAGAUCACAACACUCCUAAUGAGGUCCAGGGCCACACAUCUAGAAAACAGAAAUCUGACUUGGAAGAGGACAACUCGAAGCUAGUUUUUUCUUCACCUGCAGCAGUGGACGGUUCAGUGGAUGGGUUACCAAUGGGUUGGAUAAAAGAAAUGAGAAAGAGGACAAGUGGGAUACGAAAGGACCCGUGUUAUAUAGACCCCAUCAGUGGAUAUGAAUUUCGCUCCAAAAGAGAUGUUCUGCGUUAUGUAGAAACUGGCGAUAUUAACAAAUGUGUCCUGAAGCCUAAGAAAAGGGACCGAGAAUCAGCAUGCAAGAACAUAAACCCUAACAUAGAAGAUUCAUCUUCUAAUCUGGGAGAAUCUCAAAACAAGACAACUAUAGAGGACAAUGGCCAGCUGGCAAGACCACCCAUAAAACAGAAAUCUGGCAUGAAGAAGAUCCCCACAGAGAUAGUUUAUUCUGCUGCACUUCAAAAUGAUGUGGUUGACGAGUUACCACCAGGCUGGAUAAAGGAAUACGUAACAAGAAGAGAUGCAAGUGGGAAGAAGGACCCGUUUUAUACAGACCCGGUCAGCGGCUAUAUUUUUCGGUCCAAAAAAGAUGUUUGGCGUUACAUAGAAACAGGUGAUAUUCAAAAGUGUGUUAUGAAGCCUCUCAAAAAGGAUCUGGGAUCAACUUUGAGUGAUACAUCACAUGCCAAUGAAAACUCUUCACCUAAACCAAGAGUGCCCCGCAAUAAAAAAGCACUGAAUGCCAAAUGUGUCUUAUCCAAAAAAAAGAGAUCUGGCAUUGGCAAGCGCACUUCAAAGUUUUCAGUUCUAGCCGAUGAGGUUGAUGGGUUGCCACCAGGGUGGAUAAGAGAAUUCAGAACCAGAAAAAGAGCACAAAGAUUUGGAACAGGGAUAAAAAGAGACCCAUAUUAUAUACACCUCGAGAGUGGAUUUGAAUUUCGUUCUAAAAAAGAUGCACUGCGCUAUAUAAAAACAGGAGAUAUUGCCAAGUGCGUUAUGAAGCCCAUGAAAAGGGAUCCAGUGUCAGCUAUCAAGGACAAUCCUAUCCAACAUGACGUUGUGGAAGAACUUGCCUCUAAACUGAAAGAGUCUCAAAAUGACACACCGGUUGAAGCAGUGGAGGAACCCAUUCAGAUCUCUGAACAGCAAAAGUCUACGCCUACAGAGAUUGGAGUUCAAAAUGCUGAACUGAAUGGGCUACCACCUGGGUGGAUAAAAGAAAUCAGAACUAGGACUACACAGGCAGGGGGGAUAAGGGAAGACCCGUAUUAUAUAGAUCCUGUCAGCGAGUAUGUUUUUCGUUCAAAGAAAGAUGCUUUGCGCUACUUAGAAAGUGGUGAUAUACGCAAAUGCAUUAUGAAGCCCACUAAAAAGUUCCUUGGAUCAACAACUCCCAACAACUUAUCUACUCAUCAGCUAGAUACUGACAAGGAAAAAGAAUCUGAGUCCUGGACAAAAGAGCAACUAUUUGAUGGGAAGGAAAUGAAAGGCAGUGUACGUUCAGGGUCUGAAAUAAAAGAAAGUUUUGCUCCUAGAGAUGCGGUGGGCCCACCCCCACCCGUACACGCGGAAGGCUCAAACAAAAGAAUGCGUAGCAUCACCUACGAUUUCAUCAAUGCCAAUUCAGUCGGUGCAAUAAAUGCGGUUAAACAACCUCCACAUCGAAGGUCAAACAAAGGUUCUGGAACAAAUUCACGUACAAAACAAACACCUAAGUCAGGCCAAACAAAGACAAGAAAGUCCACAAACAACAAGGGCCCGACCAUGCCCGGUCGGGUCUCAAACAGACUUGCACAACACAAAACAGAAGUGGCAAAUUUGGGCAAGCAUGAUAGAAUAGAGCUUGAUACAGCUCUCAGCCCGUCCUCCUGUAAUCCUUCUGAAAACCUGGUUUCCAAUUUGGGCCUUGGAGACCUUGGGUUUGAAUGUGGUUAUAUUCCGACUAGCAGUGGGAUCGACAUCAACUCAUCAUGGGGCCCGAACGAUCCAGUCCAGAAAGUGGUGGCCGAUCUGGGCCUCGGUGAAGAAGAGAUUAUCCAAGCCUCUGUUGUGAACUCUGGUGGAAUUGAUGUCAAUACGUGUAUGGGCCCAAUCCCUCAUCACUCUGAUGGUGCCAAUAAUAAGCCAACAACCAAUAUUUACAGCAGACCCCACAACGAAGGUGGCAACAACGAAGUUGAUGUGAACUUACCGUUGCCGAAUCCUCAAGCUCACUAUCUUGCAGGCGAGGACUGCUGGACAGACCGAUGUUUGGACUUCACCCUGAAAACACUCACUGGAGGGAUGGCAGCAGGCGAGAAUUCUCAAGACCACAGGAGAGGUGGUGAUGGCCAGCAGCAGGAGCCAUUUAUCCCCCCUACUUACACACAAGUGGACAGAUGCUUUACUCUGCCGGUUUUUGAUCUGCCCCAUUCAGGGAUACAGCAGCAAUCAUCAUCAUCUAUGAUGAAUUCUUCGCCCCUGUUGCCCCCGGGGUUUAGCUUACCAAGUUACAGUGGAAUUAGGGGUUCUCAACACUUCAAUUUGGAUGAUAGGAAGGAUUACCCGCCAUCUAACCUUUAAAACCAAAAACCAAAGCUGAUGGAUCUCUGCCCUGCCCUCAUCUGUAAUGUUAGGAAGUAAAUUGUUGUUUGUAUCUGUGUUGGUGCAAAGAUGCUGCAUUAUAACUAGUUUGUUUAUCUUAUUUGGAUUGAAGAAUCUGUGCACUAAUCAUGCAUUAUAACCUUAAGAAUAAGGUAAAAUAGGAAAAAACAUUGAGAGAUUAUCAGCGUGUUUAUUCUUUUAAUUUUCUAAAGGGUCGUUUGCAUGGAUGACAUGCAAGUUAUAACAUGGGUAGACACUUUUCUGGCGCAAUCCUAUAUUUUAUUGCGAAUUCAGAC